UUAACCGACUAGACUCGGCGGGUCCAAAGAUGCUCCAGAGAAACAUACUGUAGGCCCCAAGUGCACAGCUACUGUGCGUAAUGACAGCAUCGGUGUGCCUCAGAGUUUAGCAGCAGGUCUUUUGAGGAGAGCUUGUAUUCAGCUGCAAAUCCCCAGUAAUGGAGAUUGACACAUAAAGGAUUCCAGAUCCACUGACAGAGGCAAUAUUAAGGAUACCCAUCUUCCUCGGUUCUGCGGAUCAAAUUUCAACCAGGAUUCCCCUCAGGUAGGAUAGGUUAGGGGCCUUGGUGUCAGUGCCAUUGGAGCAGUGUGCACUGGAGACUAAAGGAAGACUCAGGAUUCUCAGGAGAUAUCUGCACUGAACUGGAGGGCUAAAGUAACUGGGAACAAUGUCUCAUCAGACAGGUAUCCAUGCGACUGAGGAUUUGAGGCAGUUCCUGGUCAAAGCAAGGCAAGGAGCCACCAGAGUCAUAAAGAUUGUCAUAAGGAGUGAGCAAUUGGUGUUGGGGUCCUACAGAGAGCCCUCUCAGAGCUGGGACCAGGAUUAUGACCCAUGUGUUCUGCCUCUGUUGGACUCGUCGGAGCCAUGCUACAUCCUGUUCCGUAUGGACACGCAGAACCAGCAGGGUUACGAGUGGCUCUUCAUCUCCUGGUCUCCAGAUCAGUCGCCUGUGCGACUGAAGAUGGUGUAUGCUGCCACUCGUGCCACACUGAAAAAGGAGUUUGGUGGAAGUCACAUCAAAGAUGAACUAUUCGGAACCACACAAGAAGAUGUGUGUUUUCAGGGUUACCUUCGCCACAUGUCCUCUUCCUCCAGCCCUGGUCCCCUCACUGCAGCUGAACAGGAGCUCCAUCAGAUCAAAGCCACAGAGGAGGAGCGAAGACGAGUCACUGCUCCGUCUGGGAGAGGAAAGGCCCAGAUAAGUGUGGAGAGUAAGUCCCUGAAUCUGCAGGGUUUGGCGUUCCCAUUAAAGGAGGAAGCUAAACGAGCUUUACAGCUCCUCAAACAAAGGCGCAUCAACUACAUCCAGCUAAGGCUGGACACUGAGAGAGAGACAAUCGAGCUGGUCCAUACCAAUCCUACAGAGAUUCGUGAACUGCCGGCCCGAAUCCCUGCUGAUGCUCCUCGCUAUCACUUCUUCCUGUAUAAACACUCUUAUCAGGGCCAGAGUGUGGAGGCUGUGGUAUUCAUCUACUCCAUGCCUGGGUACAGCUGUAGCAUCAAGGAGCGGAUGCUCUACUCCAGCUGUAAGAACCAGCUGCUGGAGGAGGUGGAGAGGGAUUACUGCAUAGAGAUCAGUAAGAAGAUGGAAAUAGACAGUGGAGAGGGCUUGACGGAAGAGUACCUAUUUGAAGAAGUUCACCCUAAGCCACAGGCCCUGAAACAAGCCUUUGCCAAGCCAAAGGGCCCUACAGGGAAACGGGGUAACAAGCGUCUGAUCAAGGGAGUAGGGGAGAACGGCGAAGACAGCUAGAGCUGCGUGAACUGAGACAAAGCCUCCAGAAAUGCUCACCUGCGACCUGAUGUCUGACUUCUCUUUCCGUUGUUCUGUCUUCCUUAACACUUGUGUUCUUGCUAAAUGUUCUGACACCCACUGUAUUGAAAAUGCCACAAAUAUUAAACAAAACACUAUGAUUAUUUUGCAUAAUAUUCAAAUAAAACCUGUUUCUGUA